AUGAGUUGGCCUCUAGAUUUAUGUGAGAUAAAGGAGAUAUUUCAUUCCAAAUAUGGUUCAUACCAAUUUAAGGUAUUAAUUGCUCAAGUUUAGGACUCAACCAUGAUUAAGGAGAAAGAAAUUCAACAAUCUAUAUCAGUUUGGGUUUCAUAUGAGAAUGAAAGACCUUACCAUAAAAUACAGCACAUUUACGUACAUCAUUACCUACUUUCAAUUAUUUUUGAGGAAUCUAACAUUCUGUACUUAAUAAAUAUGGCUUCAAAUGAAGAACUGCAAUAUAGAAUACCAUUUACAUUUUCUAAUCCUACUGGCUUAUAUCUUUCAGAUCAGUACAUAUUUCUCACUAAAGAAAAUCAAGUACUAUGGCUGUAUGACGUGAUUAUUUCAGAUGAUUUUCUUUUCUAGAAUGAACUACUGACAUUUUUCAAUUAGUAGUAGGAUAUAAACAACUACUACAAUAAUAACGAACCAAAUAAUGCCUAAUUUUAAUAUGAGGAUGUAAAAGAGGUGAAAUUUGUACUAGAUCCAUAAAAUACAAUCAAAUAUAAAAUCAUCUAAAUGGAAGCAAAAGUAAUCAAGAUAUAGGCUGACUGCUUGCAUGCUGUCAUAAUAUAGUAGUUGCCUUCAUAGAAUGAUGAUAAUAAUCUGGAAAAUGAAAGUGAUUAGACUACUCAUAAUUAAAGUGCCCUUAAAGAUACUAUUGAAAGUCAUUUUAGUAAUAUGUUUAGAUCAAUUACUCGAUAGGACUCCGAUAACAAAAACCUUUAAACUGUAAACAUAUUGAGUGUUGACUUGAAGGCUUGCAAAAAAUUAGAUGAAAAAUUGAUUUCCUAUGACUAAGUAUCAAUCAUACUCAGAUAUUUUUCUCUCCAGAGUAUUAAAAAGUUUGAAGUAAUUAUGAUUAAUGACAAAGAUUUCCUCAAAAGAUUGUAUGUUCUAGAGAAAAAAGAACCUAGAGGAUUUAAAUUGGUUGAAAUUGAAAGAGAUCUAAUAAACACGCUAAUUGAUAUUGACUUGAAUCUGAUUGAUUGGAAUUACGAUUAAGACUAGCACAAACUUGUCUUACUUUAUCUUAAUUAAUCUGGAAAAUAAUGCGUCAAGGUAAUUCCAUUUGGUCAAAUUAGAAAAACAGCAAAUACUUAGUUUGCUGGAGAUGGAAUUUAUAACAAAUAUAUCGAAAUAAUACAGGAUAGUUCUCUCAGCUAUGAGGAGGAAGUAUUAUCUUAACUUGAUGGUAAAGUCUUUCCUAUCUAGUCUUAUAUAAACUACGAUAAUUAUGUAAUCCUUGGUCAUGCAAAUGUUAUUUCAUUCAAGAAUCUAACCGAUCUGUGUAGCUAAAAUCAAAAUGGCUGGGAACAUAUGUUUAGAGACUAUAAGUAAAUUAAAAGUAAAACAGAGCAUUAUACUGCAGUUGAGAACUUUGAUCAAGAUAUUUAUUACUUUUUUAUGUCUGGAGACUCACUGUAUGUACGUUACAUGGAUGGAAAGAAAAAAUAAUUCAGUAUUAGAGAUAACAAAGUUAAAAUAUAAGACGUCUAUACGUGGGAUGUUGAAAAAUCAGUAGUAGGUAAAGUCCUUAAAAUUAGAGAACUGCUUACAAUAAAAGAUAAGCCUUUCAUCGUCUUUGAUCUUCAAAACUAAUUUACUCAGGAAAUAACAGUAAAUGUAGUUAAAUCUGAUAGCACAAAGAAUAUUAUUAAAAAUGUUAUGAAGCUAUAGCUGCUAGACCAAGAGAACUUCAAUGUUUUAAUCAAUAGAAAGGAUGCAACAAUAGCUAUCCUUUACUAGGACUAAAUAACAAGACAUAAAAUAUGCGGAGGAAAGAGUUAGUCAAUCUAAACUAUUUAAUUCAAGGGUUAGCUUUCAGAUUUAGAUGUAUAAUAGAUUGAUUCAUAUCAAGUCAAUACUAUGUAUAUCUUUAUCUUGAGCAAAGAUCUACUCUAUAUAAUCAAUCUUGCUGAAGAGAAAUUAGAGUAAAUUCAAAGACUUGGCAUCAACAUGAAACACUUUUUGAUAUUUGAAAACAAGUACAUUUACUGGCUAGAAAAAGGAGAUAAUCUGCAGAAAAUUAAAUUUGACUACAUAGAUCCAAAAUGUUAAAUUAAACUCCUUGAUUGCGAAGUAUUUUCUGGCUCUAAUUAGCUUAACAUGAAGUAAUUAAUUUGA